AUGAAGGAGGAGGUUCCAUCACUCAGCUCUAACACCUGUCCUUAUGGCAAAGUGCAGCCCAAGGCCAUCAUAGCCUGUUGGAGUCUCCCUUCCAGUGAGCCAAAAACCUCUGUUCUUGCUUCUACAGAACGAUUAGCAAUAAAGGUGAUUAAAAAUAAGAGCCCCAGUGUGUGCUCCUUCCUCGGACCCUUGGCCUGCUCCACCCCGCCUGCCCACCAUGAACGAGAGGAGUACGAUGUGUUCGUGCUGGGCACCGGCCUGACGGAAUGUAUCCUGUCAGGUAUAAUGUCAGUGAAUGGAAAGAAGGUUCUUCACAUGGACCAAAACCCCUACUAUGGAGGAGAAAGUGCAUCGAUAAUGCCACUGGAAGAUUUGUACAAAAGAUUUAAAUUACCAGGACAACCACCAGAAUCAAUGGAGAAAGGAAGAGACUGGAAUGUUGACUUAAUUCCCAAGUUCCUUAUGGCUAAUGGUCAGCUGGUCAAGAUGCUGCUGUACACAGAGAUCACGUGCUACAUGGAUUUCAAAGUGGUCAAAGGGAGCUUUGUGUAUAAGGGAGGAAAAAUCUACAAGGUUCCUUCUACGGAAGCAGAAGCCCUAGCAUCUAGCUUAAUGGGACUGUUUGAGAAAUGUUGCUUCAGAAAAUUCCUAGUGUAUGUUGCCAGUUUUGAUGAGAAAGAUCCUCGCACCUUUGAGGGUGUUGACCCUAAGAAGACUACAAUGCGAGAAGUGUAUAAAAAAUUUGAUUUGGGUCAAGAUAUUAUAGAUUUCACUGGUCAUUCUCUUGCACUUUACAGAACUGAUGACUACUUGGAUCAACCGUGUUAUGAUACCAUUAAUAGAAUUAAACUUUACAGCGAGUCUUUGGCAAGAUAUGGCAAAAGCCCUUACCUUUAUCUACUCUAUGGCCUUGGAGAAUUGCCUCGAGGAUUUGCAAGGUUAAGUGCCAUUUAUGGGGGUACCUACAUGCUGAAUAAACCAAUUGAAGAGAUCAUUGUGCAAAAUGGAAAAGUGGUUGGUAUAAAAUCUAAAGGAGAGGGAGAGAUUGCUCGUUGCAGGCAGCUUAUCUGUGACCCCAGCUAUGUGAAAGAUCGGGUAGAAUAAGUGGGCCAGGUGAUCAGAGUUAUCUGCAUCCUCAGCCACCCCAUCAAGAGCACCAAUGACGCCAACUCCUGCCAGAUCAUUAUUCCACAGAACCAAGUCAAUCGAAAGUCAGAUAUCUCUGUUUGCAUGAUCUCCUUUGCACACAAUGUGGCAGCACAGGGCAAGUACAUUGCCAUUGUUAGUACAACCGUGGAGACCAAGGAACCCAAGAAAAAGAUCAGGCCAGCUCUGGAGCUUUUGGAACCAAUUGAACAGAAGUUUGUUAGCAUCAGUGAUCUCUUUGUGCCUAAAGAUCUGGGAACAGAGAGCCAGAUCUUUAUUUCCCGUGCAUAUGAUGCUACAACUCACUUUGAGACAACCUGUGAUGACAUUAAAGACAUCUACAAAAGGAUGACAGCAUCUGAGUUUGACUUUGAAGAAAUGAAGCGCAAGAAUGACAUUUAUGGGGAAGACUAA